UCCGGUAGUGAUCUAUCACUCGUACUUUGGAAAGUUCCGUUGGACUGCUUCUGUCUGCUUGCUCGCAAAAGGAAGAACACAACGGUGUUGCCAGGGACCAUGGCCUCGGAGCCUUCGACGCCAACCUCCCCGAGAGACGACCACGAAGCGACCAAGGAAUGGCUGGAGAAUAUUCUGGAAAGCUAUCACCGAUCCCUAGCGCCUGAUAAGGAGCCUGGUGUACAGCUUCAAGAGUGGAGUAUUAAGCCAGCAUGCGACGAGAGAGAGGGAUUUCUUUCGGAACAACUGGCGGUGGGCGUGUCCUACAGUGCCGCGGGGGCGGAGCAUCAUGUGCAUCUCCUGGCCAAGCUCCUCCCACAAGACCCUUUCAACAGAGCCUUUGUCAUUGAGACGCUCUUUGACUUGAGGGAAAUCAAGUUUUACACAGAAAUCAAGCCGGCCCUUGAGGGCGUCGAACGACAGUACCUAACGGAAGACCUCAUAGAACCAUCCUGGGCACCAGACCUCUACUACGCAAAGCACAAGGAAGAGGCCGAGUCCAUACUGGUGCUGGCCGACAUGUGUCAAAGGGGAUACAAAGUCCAGGACCUCACGCAGGGACUGACGGUGUCCCAGGCGAAGGCAGCUCUCGUGGCUAUCGCGAACGUCCACGCCGCUGCUCUCACCUUGCAGAUCAAGGAGAAACAACCACUCCCACAGAAAUACCCCUACCUUCUGUCGACGGACCAAGCAGUCGAAUCCUUCAACUGCCUGAUUGACCGAGGCCUUCCAUUACUCCUGAAGUUCCUAGAAUCCCGUAAGGACCGCGCAGCCGUGCGAGAGGGCCUUCAAAAAUACUCAGGGAAGGAUUCAACCGAGAUCCUCCGAAGCGUCUUGGCGACUUCCGAUAAGCUGAACACCCUCGUGCACUGCGACUUCUGGUGCAACAACCUCCUCUUCAAGCAGGAAGACGACACGCCCAGGUGCUGCAUCAUCGACUGGCAGAUGGUCAUGUACGGCCGCCCGGCCAUCGACGUGGCCAUGCUCAUCAGCACGUCCCUCGAGCCGGCGGAGAGACGCAAGCACGCCCCGGCCCUCAUCUCAGACUACUGGGACGCCUUCAUGGCCAGAUUAGGUCAGUUCGGCGUCGAGAAGGACGCUGUCAAAUACACCAAGGAGGACCUCGACGAGGACUACAAAGCUGCCUUGGCUAUGUCGGCCUUGGUGGUCGUGGGAAGUGUGGACAUCGCCUUAGGGUCGGCCGGCAGAGAAGAGCGCGUCCUGAACCUCCUAGCGGAUCUCAUGAACGAAGGGAUCCUAUGAAGACCCCUCUGCCGCUGAGAGGGGAAACUCAUCUUAAUGUAAAUACUCGCAUUCCUCUAAUGAUAAUCGUUCGCUGAUAUUCCCCCCCCCCUCCCCCACCCCCCGUAUGGAUAAGAGCAACGAGCUUAAUAUGAAAAUGUAUAUGUCUUUUGCGGAUGAUGUGCCUGAGCAAGGAUGGAAGGGCUGCUGUAGAAUUAUUUUAAUCAAUGCAGGUUAAACUUAUUUCAUUAUAUCAAAUCGUUUUUUUUUUAAUUUCUACAGAGGUAUGUCCCCAAUAAAUGACAAUCUUUAUUCAAGAAGAAAUGAAUAUUUUGUAAUUUCCAUAACCGAUUAUUAUGACAAGGUGUAAAUGGACCUAGUCUGUCAAAACAAACAAAAAGAAUAAUUCUGUAAUUAUAUAUAUAUAUAUAUAUAUAUAUAUAUAUAUAU